UCAUGAUCUUAAAAAUUAGAUAACUCUUUUCUACAAUAACAGAGCCUGUCUCAGGAGGUAGAUAAUGGUUGAAGUUCUUUCAAAAUUCCACUGGGAUACAGAUAAACAUUGAAAGGAGUUUAAAAAAUGAAGCUGUAUUCAUAUUUUAUAUAUAUCAUAGACUGAAAAUCUCAAUUACUAUGUUCGUUAAAAUUAUAAGACUUUUAAUUAAGAAUAGUUGUUUUAAGCAUAUAUUAAAAAGGAUUUGUAGUUUGAAAUCUAAAAAUAAGUAUAAAUGGAAGUAUUAGAACGAUUUGUAGCUGAUUAAAUGAAUUUUAGUGAAAAUAUGUUAAUUACAUAUUUAAACAAGGAAGCUUAAUUGUUGCCAGCCUAUUAUUCUGUAAUAGCAUAAAACCUACUUUUAAAUGGUCUCAAAAUAUUCGAUUAACUAAAUAUCUAUUAAUAGAUAGAAUAUAUGAGAUUAUCUUUAUAAUCAGGAGUUUUGCAUCCAGAAAUCCUUUAAAAAUUUAUUUAAAAUCUAAAAAUAGAUGAUUAAUUUAUAGAAUCUUUAUCAUUACUUUAAUUCAGAAACAUAUUGACACUUUUUGAAUAUUGUGCUACUUCACCAUAUGAUAUGGGAUUGUAACCAGGAUUUAUAGAUUACUUGUUUAAUAAAUAUAUAUAAAAAUUAAGUAAUUUUGAAUUGGUUGCAUCAGAAAUUAUGAAAUAUGAAUUUUCUUAACUUAUGAUAAAUAAUCAUUUAAGUUUUUUGACUGAUGAAUAGUACACAGAGAUUAAAAUUGCUUAUGCUAAAAUGUAAUUAAUGUAAUCUAUAUUUAAUAAGUCUUGAGAAGAUGUUUAACAAAAAUUAUAAUUUUAUAGUACAAAGAAAUUUGAAUAGUAAAGAUAUUGCUAAAAAAUUAUUAUGGAUUUAUUCACCAGAUGAUUUUAAAUUAAUAUAAAAGUCUCUUAAUUAUUUAAUUACAAAUACAAUAUAAUAAGGAGAAUUUAAAGCUGAUCAUAUGAUUUAUGCAAUGCCAUGUAAUUAUAUAUAAUAUAUAAAUUAAUAGUAUAUUUUAAAUAUUUCUCACCAUAAUUAUACAAUAUAUCAUUAAAAUAAUGUCAAAAAUAAAGUUACAAUUACAAAACAUAUAAGAAUGAUAUUAGAUAAAUCAUGUAUUUAUUGAAUAGCAAUUCUUUAAAAGGAUUUCGAUCAAUAAUGAAUGAUUAAACUAUACUUGAUGAAGUUGAUAAUUUUAUCAAAAAUACCCUUUCAUCUUACCUAACUAAUAUUAAAGAAGAAGAACUAUUGAUUUUUGAAGAGGCUUUCAAUCCAAUUAUGGAAUAAGAAGCAGAUAUUGAAUUCAAUGAUGCUGAAUAUGCAGAAAUCUUACCAUAUUAUUAAAAUAAUAAUAAAAAUUAAGAUACUCAAAAUAAUAUUAACUAAAGAUAAUUUAUUAUUAAUUUAACUCAGAAAUUUUAUGUUUUAUAAAAUAAUUUAAAUAAAAAUGGAUUCUAAAGAAUAUCUUUAUCAAAAAUUAAUAAGAAAGUUUCAACUUUAGAACCUAUACUAAGCUAUAUUGAAACAUUAUAUUAUGCAUCUAUUAUAAUACCUGACUUUUAACCAUAAACAAGAGUAUUUAAAACUCCACAAAUACUUAAAUUUGUAAAUAAUCUCAUUUAUUUACCAAAUCUAUUAGAACAUUUAGUUUAGAUAAAUUAUAUUUGGCCUAAUUUAUUCAAUGAAGAAUUAAAAUCUAUAAUAAAUGCAAAUAAAACAAAAAUAGAUGAAAUUUAUAAUACUUGUUAAGAUUGUUAAGAAUUUAUUGAUAAAGUUGAAGGAUAAAUAUAGAAAACUUAAUUUGAUAAAUCUAGAAAAUAAUAAUAUAGAAAUAGAACCUAUUAAGGAUUGUUAUAGAUAUUCAAUUUUGUUCGUCCAAAACCUCAUAUUAAAUUAUCUCCAAUAUUAAAAAAUCCACAUUAAGAGUAUACAAUAGAGGAAACAUAUUCAAAUUAAGAUAGGAAUUUGUUUUGGAAACUAUCAUAAAGAAGUGAUAAUGUGAUUUAACAUACACAUUUUAAAGAAUUAGUGUGGUAAGCACUUAAACUUGAUAAAAAUUAAUGGAUUAUGAAUUAUAGUGAUUUUCCACAUCUAGUUGAUUUCGCUUGUACAAAAUAGAAAAUAGUAGUCUUUUUAGAAGAGUAUCCUCGUUUAAUUAGGGGAUUACAUAAAGUAUAUACUGUGGAAACAGAAAGGGCAGCUGAGUAUUUCUCUAAACUUGGAUACCAAAUUGUAUUUAUAGAUUAUAAUGUGUAUCAUCCAGAUACUGAGUAGUUAUUGAACAUUUUGAAAUAAAAGUUUGUAUUUCGUUAUAUUUGA